AUGUCUGUCGAUUUCAACACCUUAGCCCAACAAUUCACUGAAUUUUACUACAACCAAUUUGACUCUGAUAGAUCCCAAUUGGGUAACUUAUACAGAGAUCAAUCAAUGUUGACUUUUGAAACUUCUCAAGUUCAAGGUGCUAAAGCCAUUGUUGAAAAAUUAACUGCCUUGCCUUUCCAAAAAGUUGGUCACAGAAUCACAACUUUAGAUGCUCAACCAGCUUCUCCAAAUGGUGAUGUCUUGGUCCUUGUCACUGGUGAUUUAUUAAUUGAUGAAGAACAAAACCCACAACGUUAUUCUCAAGUCUUCCACUUGAUCCCAGAAGCUGGCUCUUACUUUGUCUACAAUGAUAUCUUUAGAUUAAACUAUGGUGCUUAG